AAAUCAGCUGUCCUAUUUAUUCACUAAAUGCUUAUUGGCAGAUCAUUUGGGGAAACGAGAUGCUGCCUCGGACUGAAAUUUUAUGAAAUUUAUUGAUUCUUCGCUCUCCUAUAAGGUGACGAUUCCUUCAUCCUGUAACCCACAGCAGGGUUAUCUUUUUUAGAAGGAACUCAGUUCGCGUUAUGCUUUCCCCAAACAGUGGAAAUAUUUGGGCAGUGUGGGUUGUGUCAUUACAAAAUUGUAAUUAUUAAAUGUUGUUAUAUACGCUAUUCAGGUGAACUUCAUUGUAAGCGACUCUGGAGCAAAUGUCUUAAACUCUUGGAACCAGGAGGACCAAAACUUGCAGGAGCUAAUGGCCGCUUUGGCUGCAGUCGGGCCUCCCAAUCCUCACGCCGACCCAGAAUGCUGCAGUAUCCUACAUGGCUUAGUAGCGGCCGUGGAAGCUCUUUGCAAAAUCACCGAGUACCAGCACGAAGCCCGGACGUUGUUAAUGGAGAACGCCGACCGUGUGGGAAACAGAGGGCGGAUCAUCUGCAUUACUAACGCAAAGAGGGACGAACAGUACAGGAUCAUGUGGAAUGAGCUGGAGACCCUGGUGAGGGCUCACAUUGCCAACUCGGAUAAACACCAGCGGGUCUUGGAGUGUCUUCUGACUUGCAGAAGUAAACCUCCCGAAGAAGAAGAGCGCAAGAAACGAGGCAGGAAGAGAGAAGACAAAGAGGACAAAUCUGAGAAAGCGGGGAAAGAUUAUGAAUCGGAGAAAUCCUGGCAGGAAUCAGAAAGGUUAAAAGGCUUAUUAGAUCGCGAAAAAGAGGAACUCGCCGAAGCAGAAGUCAUCAAAGAUUCUCCCGAUUCCCCGGAGCCCCCCAACAAGAAGCCCCUUGUUGCGAUGGAUGACUUGCCAGGGCCGGAAAAAAAUAAAGGGCCAAUAUCCCUUCUGUCCCUUUGGAGCAACAGGAUUAAUGCUGCAAAUUCUAGGAAACAUCAAGAAUUUAUUGGCCGCUUAAGUUCUGUCAACAAUAAAGCCGAACUGUACCAACAUCUUAAAGAGGAGAACGGAGUGGAAAGCACAGAAAAUGGGAAACCCAGCCGGCAGUGAAUUCUGUUCGCCACCUGUAAACUUUUAAUGCCUGAUUUGAUAUCUCUAUCUAACUGUACAGUUCCGUUAUUUUGGUUGCUUUUUACAUUUUUGUAAUAAUUUUAGCGCUUUUGUAUGAAAAAAAUGCAAAAUAAAUAUACUAUUUGUUCCAAACCCCACGGGACUCUUUAAGAGGAAAGAGAAUUUCAAUUUGCACGCAGAUCUUUUUAUGGCUGCAUAUAAAGGGCGUUGUUGUUGUUGUUGUUGUUGUUGUUUUAAGAAAAAGCACAAUUCUCACUACUUGAGUUUUUUCUUUGGUUUAAAUCCUAUUGCUAUACUUGAGAGUCCAGGCUUUUAGUGAAAUCCUGUUAACGUCGUCCAUGCUGGCUGGGGAAUUCUGGGAGUUGAAGUCCACACAUCGUAAUGUUGCUUCGCUUGAGAAAGGCUGCGUGAUUCCAUAGAAAACCCCUUAAAGAAACUCACACGUUGUGUAAACUGGCUAGUUUAAAGAGCCAAGGUGGCGCAGUGGUUAAAUGCAGCACUGCAGGCUACUUCA